CUUAACUAUCUCCUAAUUCUGAAUCAUUCGUUCAGGUUCUCAUGAUAAAAUUAUUGGCUCAAAUUCUAGUAUUUAUACUCUUGUUCUGAAUAUAGUUUUCAUUGAAUUUCCGAACAUUUCUGUAAGAAAAAGAAAAAAAAAAAAAAAAGAAGAAAGUGUACUUCUUUCGAGUGUAUUAAUGGCAGGAGGUGUUGAUCAAGCGGUCCCUUCUGUUAUCUCCAAAACAGCAAUCGACAGAAACCAAGAACUAGAUAAAGGAAAUCUUCACCACAAGCCUGGCAUGGAGAGCUUGCUAAUGUCCCCCAAAAUACCAAAAGCAGUGCCACCAGUUUCUUCGGCCCCUGAUGGGGAGUCCAUUAGGCGACCUCGAGGCAGGCCUGCAGGCUCCAAAAACAAGCCGAAACCACCCAUAAUUGUCACCCGUGACAGUGCCAACGCCCUCCGUGCGCAUGCCAUGGAAGUGAGUUCAGGCUGUGACGUAAGCGAGAGCUUAGCCAACUUUGCCAGGAGGAAGCAAAGGGGCAUUUGCAUACUGAGCGGAAGUGGAUGUGUAACCAACGUCACACUCCGGCAGCCGACCUCUUCCGGUGCCAUCGUGACCCUCCAUGGCCGGUUCGAGAUUCUGUCAUUGCUCGGGUCAGUUUUGCCCCCUCCAGCCCCACCAGGGAUCACAGGCCUGACCAUCUACUUGGCUGGGGCUCAGGGGCAGGUUGUUGGUGGGAGUGUAGUUGGCACACUGGUUGCCUCGGGCCCCGUAGUGAUCAUGGCUGCUUCAUUCAUGAAUGCAACUUUUGAUCGUUUACCGUUGGAUGAGGAUGAAGUUACUGCUGCUCUGCAGAAUCAGCAUUACCAAAAUGCUCGUCACCAUCCCCUGGAUGUUUCGGAUUUGUAUGGAAUGCCACACAACUUGCUCACAAAUGGCAACAUGCCUCCUGAGAUGUACUCCUGGGCCUCAUGCCGACCCACGUCAAAGACUGUCUGA